AUGAAAGUUGUGAAACAUGUCAAUUUUCCAGGACCGCCCCGCGAGUGGAACCCGUUCUUCCCGGCGCCGACGAUGUCUUCGUUGGUCCAGUUGCCGUCUCAGCCCUCUUCCGCCUUCCAGUUGGAUUUCGACGCCGUCCGCAACUUCCAGAACGUGCCGCCCGUCGAUUUGGAGGGAGGAACACUGAUUGACGCCACAGAGGUGAGCCGAAUUGAGAGCCGCGUUUAUUUGAGACGAUGUAUCUCAGCUGUUUGUGGAGAUAUCAAAAAGUUGUCAACUGAUAGAAUACUCAAAAAGAUAUUGUGCAUAUUUUAUUAAUUGACAACGUUUUGACAUCUUCUCCGACACCUGAGAUACGUCGUUUCGAAUAGAAGACAUUGCGACGGAUCAAACUGAGGAAAUGAAACUACAUUAAUAAGGCUUAUUAUCUUUCCGAAUUCACGGUCUCCAGAGCUGACAAUGGGCGCAAGUACGCCCCGCCCGCCAAUAGAGCGAUACAUUGGCGCGAAAUUUAAAUUUUAACAGCAAAUUUUGUGUUUUUUGCCAGAUUAGCCACUAAAAACCGAUAAUUUCUCAUUUGUCUCUCGAUAGACCGAUUGUAUAGGCUAUUACGAAUUUUUUAAGCGCAAGAGCGUUAAAUUUGGUCAAGUCGCAAAUCACAUUUAUCCGUUUGAAGGUUUUUGGCUAAAACUGCGUGAAUUUCAGUUGCUUUUCGGUAGUUUUCGCGGUUCGAACGCUCAAAAUGCUUGUAUUUACGUGAUUUAUCAUUCUCAAAACCAAUUCUGUCUGGUAACGGUCAAGAAAGCGCAAAAUGAGAAGUGCGGUUUUUAGGCGGCGAAGGCGAAAAAGCAAAGUCCGCGAAAAAUGCGCCAAAACGCGAUUAAUUCUGAGAAUUAGUGUGUUUUCAUGUCGAACAUGCAUUUUUCAUCGCCUUUGACCACAAAGAUCGGAGAAAACCUCCCGAAUUCAUGAAAAUGCCAUUUGUUUCAAGUUCUAGAGUUUGUGAAACUGGAAUUUAAACUUGGAAUGAUCGAAUCUAAUUUCCAUUUCAAUAAUUAUUGAAAUGGAAAGGUGCUAUUGAUAAGGAAAAUGCAGACAACUUUUCGAGUUAGAAAUUCAAAAUUAUUGAAAAGUGUUCAUUUAAAUGCUUUAAAACUAAAACCGGAUCUAGUUUUAUUCAAUCUCUAUAUGCCUUUUUUGAAACAUGAAACCACAAGUGUUCAUUGGGAAUUCGAAUCUGAUUACCUUUUCGGUUUCACAUUUCCAGUAAUUCGUCCCUUUUUCUUUUCCGGUGAUUCAAUACUUGCACGUGGUCAUAACGAGCUCAUUUUUGACGAAAAACGAACAAUUCUCCACUUUUCCGGUUUCAAAGAGGCUAGAAAGGCAUCGCGAUGGUGUAAAAUGCUAUAAAUUAUACCUCAAAUUGACUAUUUUUGAGAUUUUCUGCUUUAAAAUUGUUUCCAUUCCACGAUCAUUAAACACGUUAUCGGCUACAUUUAUGAAAGUUGUGAAACAUGUCAAUUUUCCAGGACCGCCCCACGAGUGUUUAUAGCCUAUAAUUCACUAACGAUGCUCCGCCAUAACUAUACAACUUUAUGAAAGUUCGGAAACUGUCAUUUUCCCCAGAACUUCUGUUUCGUGUCCGAUCAAAAUAGAUUUUCGUUGCAGGAAGAGGAGGUGGACCCAGUGGACGGAUGCACAGUCAAAGUGUUCACCUACCGUAUCCUUUCGGCCGAUGAAAUGGAGGAAUUGACGAAAACCGUGCGGCAAAAGAUUAAAUUCGAUUGUACGCAGACGAUGCGGAGUCUGAAGAUGGUCGGAUCCGAGGCCAAGGUGAGCGUUCAAGUCUGGAUAUCUCAGUUGCGGGUGGAAAUUGCAAACGGUUGUCAACUAACGAAAUGUUCAUCAAGAAAUUCUGUACAUUCUAUCAGUUGACCACUUUUUGAUAUCUCUACAGACAGCUGAGAUACAUCGCUUUGAAUGGACGGUUGGCAAAUGUUGGCACUCAACAGUUGUCCCGAUAACAGUACCUUUUCAACACUCCCCCCAUCAAUAUAAUCAAUUUUCGAAACAGAACAUUUUUUCCACUCAAAAGUGCGCUUCGGCUGAGCAAACACCGAAACGGCCGUGUUCCGUGGAGUUCACGAACUGAGCACACAAACUAUUCUCCCCCGAAUAUAUCGCUUUUCGCUUGUUUCACCGUGCCAACGCCCUUUUCUCGCUGAAUUUCUAUAAAUCAUCACUCAAAAAUAAGGGAAAACGGGGCUUUUUUUUUUGGUAUGGAGCAAUUAGAACAAAACACUUUUGGGUCAGCUAAAAUUGUUGAGAAUUCCCGAGUAUUCCAAAACAAGACACUGAAAUAACAGUCGAUUGAAACUGAAAAUGUUACCCCUUCUAUAAAGAAACAAUGCAUUUCUCAUCGGUUUUCGCUCAUUUCGUAUUCACCGAAAACGGGCGCGACACACAUUCCAUUCCAUUUCACACUCGGAAACUCAUAAAAACUCACACAAAACAUUCCCCCCCCCCAUCCCUUUUUUUGUCGUUUGCCAAUUCUUUCGGUGCAAAUGGAGCCGAUAUUCCCCAGAAAUGGAGUAGAACUGAAGAAGUUUGUCACUUGGAAAAUUGAGAAACCACGGGCGCAGAUUGUGAGUUUGGGCUUCUAAUUAUCUCGUGUUCGAACAAAUAUUAUCGAUUCGCGAGAAAUGGCAUUUCAGUUGGUGGAAAAGAGUCAGCGGAUGAGUGGAGACAUCAAAGGAAUGAAACCGAUCGAAUUUUCGAACAAUUCGAAGCAGAUCUGCUUGGAUCAACACAGUUUGCAGCUGGAUCCCAACGAUGAACAGGUAAACUUUCCGCUUUCAACCGAAUCGAUGUUAGCCGAAACUUCACAUGAAAGACAGUUUCGACGUGAGCCCAUUUGAAUAAGGGCUGAUUAUGAAACACGAAAACUACGGUGGUAGUCGGCGCGGAUCCACAAGUGCGCAAUUUGACAAUACUUGCAGGACCAGCAGAUCUCGCGGGUGCUCAACCAGGUGCCCAACACGUUCAUGAGCCUUCUGAGCCGCGAGAAGGACGCUUUCGUGAAGCUCUACCCGGAACUCUUUGAGAAAAUGCGAACGGAAUCCUCGUUGAUUCCCUCGACGACGACAGAAAUCAUCACGAAUGCGGACGGAUCCACGACCACACGGGUCAAGAGCAGCAAGUCGUACAGGUAGAAUCAUGGGUGUUUUGGGAUGACGUGGCGCCGGAUGACUCAUGCUUUCUUCACACUUCUUUUCGUAUUUCUUCAAUCAGCACGUUUUGGGCAGGAAGGUGCUUCUUUUGUCUCUUCUCAAAAUCAUUCUGUAGCAGUCGAUUUUGAAGCUCAAAACGCUUCUAAACUCACAUUUUAUCAUGAUUUUCCGUAGAAAUCACUCAAAACUGGUCCGAUGACAGGAUUUCAGCAAUUCCGGGGUUAUAUCAUCAGUAGGCCUCUUUUUGACUCCUCACUUUCCCCGCGUAUAAUCCAGGCAACGAAUUCAUGCAAAACAGACGGCCUGUUUCGAUUUGCCCGCUGAAAAAAAAAUAGUAUUUCGGAAAAAGAAACACACAACCUUUUUUGUUGUUGUUUGCGCAUAGAUUCCCUGUUUCACAUUUGUCUCAAGAUUUUGAAAAAUGUUUUGAGGGGAAUUCGUUCAGUUCGCUAAUCUCCUACAUUUCAGUUCGCACUUUUCUCGUCAGGAGACGUACGUGAACGGAGUGAAGAAAAUGUCGAAGAGCAAAUUCCGAGCAUUCGUGGAGUAUCGGGUACGUUCCGCUCCGUCGUUUCGAAAGGCCAUCGUGCAUUUGCAGGGACCAGAAGGCGGAUUCCAAGUGAAAUUGUCGGACGGCGACGAGUUCGAGCUGUCGGAGGACGAGCAGGAGGAGGACGACAAGAGCCAGUGCUACUCGGAAAUCGAUUCGGAGUCCGACAUCACCGGACCGUCUCCGAAGACGGAUCUGGACAAGCGGUACCAGAAGGCGUGGUACGCGGCGAAAGAGUUGGUCGACAGCGAGCAGAGAUACGUCGACAAACUGAAACUACUUGGAGAUGUGAGUUUGGAGGCACAUUUCAAUUUCUGAGCACUUUUCAUGUCGGGCCUAUUGAGAACUUUUAAAAGAGCGGCUAGAAUUGAGCCAACUUAUGAGAGUCUUGAAACAGUAGAUUAUAAAAAACAAAGUUCAGACGUUCCGCAACCGUCUGAUCAAAGAGGAAGUGGUGACGAACGACAAGAUCAGCCGACUUCUCGCCAACGUUUCCUCACUUUACCAGUUCCACAAUACACAUUUCCUUCCGCAACUUCUGGAAUCGAUCAGAGAUUGGCACACUACCAAAAGGUAUGCACACAUAUAUUUGAGUUCACUUUUUCUCCUUACUUGCUCAUAUUCAGAAUCGCAAACGUAGUCCGAAAGCAGGCGCCAUUCCUCAAAAUGUACUCGGAGUACACGAACAACUACGAUCGGGCGAGCAAGCUGUUCGAGGAGCUGAAGAAGAAGAAGAAGUUCGCCGACGUGGUGAAGGAGAUCGAGAAGCAGUCGGAGUGCGAGGGAUUGCCCCUCGGGCACCAUCUGAUCUGUCCCGUGCAGAGGGUCAUGAGAUAUCAGCUUCUGCUCCAAGAGUACAAGAAACAUCUGCAGCCGACGGACGUCGACUUUGACGACUCGACGGUCGCUCUGGAACUGGUGCUGCAGGCGGCCGCCCACGCGAACGAGAUGAUGAAGAAGUUGGAUCGGUUCGGGAAGGUGAUCGAAGUGCAGGAACAGCUCGGCAACUCGAUCUCUCUGGUCUCACCGGGCAGGGAACUGCUCAAGUCGGGAUCCGUGCAGAAGAUAUCGUCGACGACGGAGAAAACGGAGGAGCGAUUCAUAUUCCUCUUCAACGAUUUGGUGAUUCUGGCCAGCGAACGCAAAAUGAUCGGAGUGUCCAAGUACAAGUUGAGGGCGGUUUUCAGUGCUUCUCACAUGCAGGUCAGUUGGAAUAAGAAAUAAGAAAGACGAAACUGUUUUGUGGACCAGCUGAAACCGUGUUUGUUUCAGGUGUGCGAAGGCGAUAAUCUGGAGCGAGAGCACUCGUUUUACGUGCGCGGAUCCGACGGAAGCGGCCCGAAACGGUGUGUGGAACUGUUCACGCCGACGCAAAAGGAGAAGAACGAGUGGGUCGACGCGAUCUUUUCGAUCAUCGACGAGGCGAAGGCACACUCGGCCACGUUCACCUCCAGCUCGGUUAGUUUCAAGUGUCGGCGGAGCAUGGAAAUGAUGAGACAUUGCAUUUCAGAGGAGUUCGAUCAGUGAGAACAACAACAAUUCGAUCGAAUCGAAGCAUUGCGCCGACUGCGACAUUGAAUUCGGGUGAGCAUCUGUUUCAGGAGCCGCAUAACCUUUUUGUGACUUUCCGGAUAAACGUUACAUAAUCUCCCAGCUAGCUGAUAGAAACUUCAGAAUAAGCUCUGAAAACACUUUAGAAAAAAGUUUACAGUUUCACGAACCCAUUGAAUUAACCCCCCCUCCCUUCGUUUCCAAUCAAUGUAACAUCUAUGUACCUAGCUGAUUCAGAUUCCUGUCGCGCGGCUCCAAAUGCGUGAAGUGCUCGCGUCGAUUGUGCAAAAAGUGCUUCGGACGGCAUCGAAACGAGGCGAAAAAGAACCGAAUAUGCGACACGUGCACCAAGAAUAUGGACCUGGACGGAAUCCCGCGCAGCUUCUCCACACAGAGCAACAUGCGACGGAACCUGCUGCAGAUGCCCGCCAAAGGAACCGGAGUGCUGCAUUCCAGCCAGAUCAAGGUACGACCACUGUCUAUUCAAGUCUGGAUAUCUCAGUUGCCGGCGAGGAUAUCGAAAAGUUGUCAACUAACAAAUUGUUUACUGAGAAAUUGUGUACAUUUCAUCUGUUGACCACUUUUUGAUAUCCAUACCGACAGCUGAGAUACAUCGCUUUGAAUGGACGGUAUUUGAUUUUGUUUCAGUUCCGUGGAUCACUUGGCAAAACAUUCGAUCGGUUCAUGGUGGUUCGCGACGACUUUUGCAUGUACUCGUACAAUUCCGAUGAGGUAAGAAUCGCGUGCGUGAAAAAUUGAAGAAAGAGGUAAUCAAAAGUAUUGUAGAGUGUCCGAAACACAAAAUAGGAUUGACACUUAAAUUUCAGUUUCAUAGAGUUUAUGAACUUUUGUUCCGUGUCGUGGACAAAGUUAAAUUUUUCAGGAGACGUGCGCGCUGGCGAUGUUGCCGCUUCCGGGAUGCGAAGUCAAAAUCUGCGGCGAGAAAUUCGCAUUUUCGGUGCGAGUCGGCGCCCGGCGGAUGUACACGAUGCGGGCCGAGGACGAGCAGACUCAGAUGAGGUGGCUGGCGAUCCUGGACCUGGCGGCCAACGCGCACCUCAAGAAUCAGCGGAAUUCGGGCAGCGAGCAGGAGGAAUAG